AUGGGCAAGAAAUUUAAUCAUUCGGAAAUAUUUCCUAAUAACCCAAUGCUCAUGUGUAUAUGCGGUAGUUCAGGUUCUGGGAAAACUCAUCUCACUUUUAACAUGUUGACAACACCAAACCUUUUAGAUUUCGAUUCUCUGUAUAUCUACACAACAACACCAGAGCAAUCGUAUUAUCAAUUCCUCAAAGCUUUGGAAUAUUUACCAAAGAAAGACGUUCAAGACAUAUUUCAAUAUUACGAAGAAAACGAAGAAGAAGUGGAAAUAAAAGAUAUCAUAGAAAACUUCAUUAAAUCAAAGAAUCCAUCUUUCAAUCCAACGGAUAUAAAAGUUUUUCUGACGAAAAAUGUUAAUGAUCUAGACUUGUCUAAUAUUGAUAGCAAUCGAAAGAACUUAAUAUUGUUUGACGACUGCGUAGCGCAAAGAAUCAAACUGUUAAAAGUUAUUGAGGAAGAGAAAUCAGACGAUUAUGCAGAAGAUUAUCCACCAAUCAUACAAGAAAUAGACGAAUUCGAUGAUAUGGUGGCAUCUGGACAAGAAACUUUAGUUAUGAAAAUAAUAGAAGCUAUGGAAACGAAUUCGCCGACUCUAAUAACUUACAACGGUAAAAAAGUGCAUAUAACCCAAAAGAUUAUCGAUAAAUACAAACAUUGCAAAGUCAGAGACGAUAUAGACUUGGAAAGAAUUGAUGAGAAUUUAACUAAAAAAGGUGGAUUUUUACCUUUCUUACCUUUAAUCUUUGCUGAUUUAACUGCAGCUGGUGCAGCUACUGGAGGAAUAUCUGCCGCAGUCAAAGCUGCCAACGCAAAUAAAGCAGCUGCAGUAAAAGAAGCUGAAGAACGUAGACACAAUUUGGCAAUGGAAAGAGAAGCACGAGGUGGUUCGGGAAUAGGAGAUAUAUUAGGGACGGUUAAAGAAUUCGGACAAAGAUUUGGCGAAGAAACCAAGAAAACCGUUAAAGAGGGAUUAAGCAAAUUAAUAGAUAAAAUCGACACCGGAGAAAUGAAGGUCAAACACAAGGGUGUCGACAUAUUUUUUAAAAACAUACGUUCGGGCGAGGGAAUCUUCCUUUCAAAGUAUAAAGGCAACGGGGUGAUUUUUGGUUCUGGGAAAACUCAUCUCACUUUUAACAUGUUGACAACACCAAACCUUUUAGAUUUCGAUUCUCUGUAUAUCUACACAACAACACCAGAGCAAUCGUAUUAUCAAUUCCUCAAAGCUUUGGAAUAUUUACCAAAGAAAGACGUUCAAGACAUAUUUCAAUAUUACGAAGAAAACGAAGAAGAAGUGGAAAUAAAAGAUAUCAUAGAAAACUUCAUUAAAUCAAAGAAUCCAUCUUUCAAUCCAACGGAUAUAAAAGUUUUUCUGACGAAAAAUGUUAAUGAUCUAGACUUGUCUAAUAUUGAUAGCAAUCGAAAGAACUUAAUAUUGUUUGACGACUGCGUAGCGCAAAGAAUCAAACUGUUAAGAGUUAUUGAGGAAGAGAAAUCAGACGAUUAUGCAGAAGAUUAUCCACCAAUCAUACAAGAAAUAGACGAAUUCGAUGAUAUGGUGGCAUCUGGACAAGGUAUAACGUUUUUAUCCGACGACAAUAAAGAAUUACUUAAUAGAUUAGAAAUAAUAUUAGCGGCCAUGAAAGAAGGUCAUCGAUCGGACAGACAAUUCAACGAAGUCAAUGCCAUAUUAAAACGACUUUUGGAGAAAGAAAUCAUCACUACAAAAGACUAUAUAAACGUCAUUAAAAAUGUCCAAUAA